UCGUGGCGCGGGCGCAAGUCCGAGUCCGAAUGGCUAGUAUGUAUGGUAUCCGCCUCAUAAGUCUCCUGCGUCUUCAUCUGCGUCUGUUCUCUCCCAUCGUGACACGCCGGAGAAAGUUCAGAUUCUCACUUUCCGAGCUUCCUUGGGAAACGGGGCAGACAAGCAAGAGUCACGAGCAUUGCAUUCAAGGCUUUGCGACGUGAAUAUGGUGCACCUUUCCCUGCAGCAUCGCGUCAAAUACAAGAGACAGGCUUCCUUCUAUGGCGAAACCUUCAACACUGCAUGGCGCCGAACGCUGCUCGGUCUCUCCGUCACGGCUGCCAUACUUAAUGUGAUGUUCCUGCUGGCUGGCAUCUUUAUGGUCGUUCUUACUGGGUACUCGUGGGAGAUUAACGAUCGAUGGCACAAGAGCGGCGAUGUGGAAGUCGACAGAAUAGGUACGGCGUUCUUCUGGCUGACGAUCCCACUCCUGCUCGCUGUCCUCAGCAUUGCCGAUAGCAUCAUCCAGCGUCGUGCAGGCGCUCCCAGAGCUGGACUGUCCGCAAUCUGCGCCGUCAUUGGCUUGCUAGGCUGGGGCACACAGUUUGGUAUGGAGAGUACCUGCUUGUUCACGUUGUCGUAUAAGGACGGCCAGUACACCGUAGGCGCAGACUUCUGCCCGUGGACCUUCAAGAAAGGCUGGCAUCCCGGAACAUACUUUCAUUCUGCCCUCGGUGUAGGAUACUACUUUGCUUGGUCUGCUAUAUGCAUGCUCGUAAUCUACUUCGUGCACAUUAUCCUUGCAGCAAUCGUGCUCUUCCAGCAGCGCAAAGUCUCUGCAGCGCCUUUCACUCGGAAGCGCGCAUAUUCAUACCACUCGCCUGUAGAUGGCAAGGAAAUGCUUACAAACCGCGAUAUGCCGGAUCGCAGCGCCGCCACGACACCCAGGCCAUAUGACGCGGACCACGAGUUGAAGGAACCACUGAGCUAUCACCGGCCUGCGAGCAUGUCUCACGAUGACCUUGCAGACGAUGAAGAGAAGAAGAGGUUGGUGGCGUAGAAGGUGGCACAUAUGUGCCAUGCAUUGGAUGUUAGACGUCGGAGUCGCGUGCUCUAGAUGUACAAACAAUGCCGACUCCUCUAGGAAAGUAU